AUGUCUCAGCAAGGCCUGGCAUUUGAUGUCAAUGCCAUGACAUUAACUCGGUGGGUCCUGGCACGGCAACGUACGGCACCAUCUGCCACUGGAGAUUUGACUCAACUAUUGAAUUCGAUCCAGACAGCUGUCAAGGCUAUACAAUCGGCUGUACGGAAAGCCGGCAUCGCUAAAUUACAUGGCAUCUCUGGUGACACAAACGUGCAGGGCGAACAAGUAAAAAAAUUGGAUGUUCUGUCCAAUGAUCUUUUCAUCAACAUGCUCAAGUCUUCCUUCACAGCAGGCCUGCUUGUUUCGGAGGAGAAUCCGACAGUUAUAGAGGUGGAAUCAGAAAAGCGAGGCAAAUACAUAGUAUGCUUCGACCCCCUCGACGGUUCUUCCAACAUCGACUGUCUGGUCUCUGUCGGAUCCAUAUUUUCCAUUUACAGGAAAAAAUCUGAUGGCGAGCCGACGGAAGCCGACGCUCUCCAACCAGGCAACGAACUGGUGGCAGCAGGAUAUGCUCUGUAUGGCUCAGCAACGAUGAUGGUGCUGGCUCUGGGUAAAGGCAAAGGCGUACACGGCUUCAUGUACGACCCUUCGCUCGGAGAGUUCAUUCUCACCGAUCCUAACAUGAGAAUCCCCGAAAAGGGAAACAUCUAUUCUAUAAAUGAAGGCUACACAGCAGAAUGGUCUGACGGACUCCGACAAUACAUCGAGGAUAAGAAGCGGCCGAAGACUGGCAAAGCAUACGGAGCUCGAUACGUUGGAUCUAUGGUCGCAGACGUGCACAGGACAAUCAAAUAUGGUGGCAUCUUUAUUUACCCCGCCACGAAGUCAUCGCCUAAUGGAAAACUACGUCUGCUAUACGAAUGCAACCCAAUGUCGUUCAUCGUGACGGAGGCGGGUGGUCUGGCCAGCAACGGCAAUAUCCCCAUACUAGACAUCGUUCCUACAUCUAUACACCAACGCGCUCCCUGCUACCUGGGGUCCAAGAAAGACGUUGAAGAACUACUCUCAUACUUGAAGUGA